AUGUCAAAUGAAAGGCUUAGGCCGCAAAAGCCUCGGCGGCCAGUUCAGUUCUACGUGACUCUAAAUCCCAGGGACUGCCUCCUACACUCCUGCCUGGGCCACGGCCCUGGACUGAGGUUAGAAAAACAAGCCUCAGGCCCCAGGCGCCCGAGGCAGAAGACGAUCCCAAGCCCGGGUUCUUUCCCCUUCCCGGAAGCUGUCACUCGCACCAUUUCCGCCUGGUGGGGAAUGGCUGUAGAAACUCCUCCCCUUCCGCGCUGCUCCGUGGCGUCACCUCCGCCAGGUGGCGGAAGGGGAAGCCCUCGGGUUGGCGGGAAACUCGGCGCUGAGGCUCCGAGCCCGCUGGCCUCACCUUCCCCCUCCCCCUCCCGCCCCCGUCGCGCGCUCGGGCUUUCCUCACGCCGCGUCGGCCGCCUUCCUCCCGAGCCUCGCUCUGGACUGCAGCCGCCGCCGCCUCAGGACGCCGGAGGCCCUGGGUGGCCCGAGCGGCGGGGUGGGGCGGAGCCGGAGGCUGGAGGGGACCGGGCCCGAGCGGCGAGGUGGGCGGCGCUGCCGUUGGUACGGCGGCCCCGGGAACUGCCCCGGGCCCCGCUGCCCGGCCGGGCUCCGGGCUCUGGGCUCUGGCAGACGAGGCAGCGGGAGCUGGGUUCGAGCCCGAAUCCCCUGAGGCCCCGGCCCCGCCCCUCCCCUCCCGUCCCCUCGGGCGGCCCCGGCCCCUUCGAAGGCUCCGGUCCUUCGGCUGUCUGUCUCCGCGGCUCCUCCGGGGCGGCAGGGGCUGCCUGGCCCCGGGGGAGCCGCGAGGGCCGGCCCGCAGCAGGCCCUGCGCCGACGCCCCGGGCCCCGCGGAAGGCCUCGGGUGACCGCGUAUCGUUGUUUUAG